AUGCCCUUGGCCUUUGGCGCUGCUUGCGUUUUGCUGGCAUCCUUCCGUUUAGUCUCUGCGCGGAUGGCGUGCAAGCUGGCAGUGGUGGCGCGGAAAGACCUGCAGAUGUCCGCUGGAAAGUUGGCAGCACAGGUGGGCCAUGCGGUGCAUGACGCAGUGGUCGAGUGCCCCAAGGCGAAGCUGGCCGCCUGGGAAGAGGAUGGAUCCAUGAUCGUGGUGCCUCAAGCUGACUCCGAGGCCGAGCUGAAGGAGCUCCUGUCCUCGGCUCAACGGCUGAAGCUGCAGACCAGCGACGUCCAAGACGAAGGACCGCGGUCGAAGAUGAGACCUGGACCGUGUUAG